AUGAAUGAUGACUCGGCGUCGAUAUCUGCGCAUCGCGCCGACUCGUCCACACUUCUGGCGACCCUCACCACGCCGUCGGAGACGCUGAUCGCAGCGCGUGGUGGCGGAGCUGGUGAGAGACCAUUAGGCGGUGAGGAGGGUGUGAUGGAUGAGGACGUCUUGCCAAUCGACUUGACGCUACAAAACAAGCCUUGCCACGCGGGCUUCGAAUCCGCGACCCCUGCUGGUUUCUUCACCUGUCCGGUGUGCAACAGAAAACAGUCCACAAUCGGCCAGUUCGUCGACCACAUGUCAGUGCAUCGGUUUAAAAAACUGCGACACCUAGAGACGGGUGUUUCGCCGGACAAAUCGUGGCUUCUCACGGCACGACCCGCCCUCCUGAACUCCAGUCGUCGGCUGAAGGCGAUGCGACGGAGCCGCCGGAGGAAUCGAGCGUCGCUUCGAAUUGGCCCCAAAGACUCCUCAAUCAACACUUGCAACUCGAAGGCAGACAAAAAGACGCCAGAUGGUGUCGCGACAGAGGAGGAGGAGGAGGAGACCUUCAUGUGUCCGGCCUGUCCGUGGUCUGAACGAAUGCGUGGAGUUCAGGCAGCUGUGAGUCACUUUGAGAACUACCACAUGCAGAUAGUCGUGGCAUGCAACAUCUGCGGCAUGUGGUUCACCAAUCAGACGUUGUUUGCAUCGCACGUAGCCGUCGCGCACCUUCGACGCGGCAUCAAGACGGACGCCACCUCACCGACGCCGACAAGGUCACUCCAGAGACAGGUGCUGGCGUCGCCGAAGGGCCUCCCUCCCGUGCCCCAACUUAUCGAUCCGGUGGUCGCCUCCAUUCUCUUCAGUGGGUUCCUCCUCUCCUCCCAGUCGACACCACCGUCAGCGCCCACGUCGCCAACGUGUAUUUCCCGUUUGCAGUCAGAUGCUGAUACAAAGCCUUCAGACGAAGACGUCAAAACAGCAGCUCGUGAGGGAGUUAGUCCGCCAUCUGGAAUUCCUGCAAAGGCAUCAGCGCAACAGGCGCAGACGCGGAAUCACCCCACACAACAGCAGUCCCACGUGGUAGAGAGGAACUCUGCUACUGCAACGCCUUUGAUGCUGUUUGAUCAUCCAUUACAACGACUCUUGCCUCCUCACGUCGCAGUGGCCCUCGAUCGAAGUGCUGUCGCAAAAAUUUGCCACUACUGUUUAAAAGAUUUUCCCGACGAGAUGGCUGUCUUGAAGCACCAGGUGUCCUCACACCAGUUAGACGAAGCCUCGGGAGAAAAUUCUGAGUAA